CUUUGUGACUGCGACGAGACGGAAGGGAAUAUAGGUUGCACACUUGUCUGGUUACAUGACCUGAUCAGGGAGCAUAUAACAAGAGCCCUCUGACCUGCUGUCCGUCCAAAUAACAUGAGCACUGGUUCCAAAUGUCUGUGGCUACAGGACGAGUGUUUGCCGGUCUCAUCCGCGCUGCUGGCGGUGGAAAACAAUUCAGAUACCCCGAGACAUGGAGCCGGAGUGUCAUCGGUGCCAGGUUGCUAACGCAGAGCUGCCCGAGGCUGUCAAGAGACAAGAAAACUCAACUGGAAGAUGAGAAAGUCAAUAAUGAACCCAUCAAGUUCUCCAGCAGUAAGGCCAGCUACAAGGUGUGGAAGGUGGACAGGGGCAUGGGAAGUCAGUUCGAGCGACCGCUGUGGAAAGUCCUGCCCGUCAGUGUGGUGUGCAUCGCCUUCCUUCUGUGGUGCGUUCUGAGAGAUGAAAAGGAAGUGGACGAAUUGCUUGGCAAGCAGCUGAACGUGCAGCUUCCCGGACUUCUCCCGGAUGAAGAGGAACCAUCUCAAAAUAAACCCAGUUGAAAUCAAAUGGACUCAUGCUGUAAAUAUGAUAGUAUUUAUUUUCAAAUGAUCUGCAUUUGAAGGUGCUUUGUCACAGAAGCAGUGUCAUGUUUUCAUUGAUGCGUAUUGCCUUUUAUUAAGAUAAUUGUAUUGUGAACUAACUGUUCAAACGUGACCUUGAUACAGCUUUUAUCUGGUGUGUGCCUUUCAUUUCUACUUUGUAUUUGGGAAUAGAGUUGGAACACAAAGUAGAUUAAAAAUAUUUCAUAUUAAAAUGAGUUCUCAAAAAAUGUGACACCAUAUUUUAGUUAUUUUAUAUUGUUGCUGU